CUGUGAAACAGAGUAGAAAAAGAAUUACGGAAAUGGAAAUCUCCUUCUUUUAUUGAGUAUCAUACUUUGUUUUCCACUUCAAUUUCGUGUAAUUCGUAGUUGUCUCGAGGAAUUAUCUGAUCAUCUGGCUAUGGCGGUAGUUGAGAAUGUUCCGAACCAAGACCCGGGUGCUUCAAACGAGCAGGACCAGUCAAAGCAAAACCAUGUUCAGUCAAUAUCCGACCCGAGCUUCCACGAGGACGAUCAAGGGCUGUACAACAAGAUCGGUGGACCCAACGGCGGCGAUUUACAGAGGGGAAGUUGCGGCGCCGGUCACGAUGAGCUCGACGAUAGCUUCAAGAGAGACAUGAGAGAGUUACAAGAACUGUUCUCUAAGCUUAAUCCCAUGGCCGAAGAGUUUGUGCCUCACUCACUUGUUAACAAUGGAGGGCUUUACACCAACAAGGUUGUUUUGCAAAACAACAAUAACAUCUCGAGGAAUGGUAAUGCUAAUGGCAGUGGUGCUGGUAAACGGAAGAAAAUUUUCGGUCAAGGGAGACGAAAAUCGAACAGCAGGACGAAUAUGGCACAGAGAGAAGAGGUUAUCCGUAGGACUGUUUAUGUGUCUGAUAUUGAUCACCAGGUCACUGAAGAACAACUUGCCGGUUUGUUUGUGAGUUGCGGGCAGGUGGUUGACUGUCGCAUAUGUGGCGAUCCUAAUUCUGUACUUCGGUUUGCCUUUAUUGAGUUCACCGAUGAAGAAGGUGCGCAAGCUGCACUGAGUCUGUCGGGGACUAUGCUCGGGUUCUAUCCAGUUAAGGUUAUGCCAUCUAAAACAGCUAUUGCACCUGUUAACCCGACCUUUUUGCCAAGGAACGAAGAUGAACGGCAGAUGUGUGCAAGAACUAUCUACUGUACAAACAUUGACAAGAAGGUUACUCAAGCUGAUGUUAAACUCUUCUUCGAAACAGUCUGUGGGGAGGUUUAUCGCCUGAGGUUGCUGGGGGAUUAUCAGCAUUCAACUCGCAUUGCCUUUGUCGAGUUUGUAAUGGCGGAAAGCGCGAUUGCUGCUCUCAACUGUAGUGGUGUGGUUCUGGGAACAUUGCCUAUAAGGGUAAGCCCAUCAAAGACCCCAGUUCGGCCACGAGCUCCUCGCCUUCCCUCGUACUAAAUCAUUUGCUCCGAACCGAUUCUAGUACCGAGUUUACAUAUAUCCAAUACAUACGCACCCAUGUAAAGAUGUUCCCUGCUGCCGUGCUUCGGCGUCUUCAUCACCAUAUGAACCAUCUUUUGUUCAUCCUUGCUACUUUCGGUACAUAGAUUUCGAUGGAACCUCGAGAACUUCGAACGAUGUUAUGAAUGUUCACUAAUCUGGACUGGAUUUGAAACUUUCUGGUAAAUUAAAGAUCAUGAGACUGAUU